AUGGCGCUCAGCUCGUCGCCGCGAAAAACGAUCCCGCUCGCGUCGGGAGACGAACCACGAAGAGACAUGAACCAGCAUCCGCCAUCCGUCACCAAACGAGUUUUCUACUGUGGAGUUGUUGUGGAAGGCUCAGAGCAUGGUCGUCGUCUUCCAGAUGAAAUCCAGGACCUCGUGCUAUCGCUGGGCAACCCACUUCCCUCAGAAGACGACAAUGAAAUGCUUUCUUCAUCGAGUUCACCAUCGCAUCCCGAGUCUGGUCAACCCCAGCAACGGAGGCGCGCUUUGACAGAUACCUCCGCCCUAUCUUCAGUCAUUAACGAAUUGGUUACGAGCGAACGCUCAUAUGUGCGGCGGUUGCAAAUACUCAAGAACGACUAUGCAGACCCUCUACGCAACUUUGCCCGGAGCAAAGACACCGCGAUCAUCCCUCUCUACGAAGCCAAGACGCUAUUUGGCAACGUCGACAACCUAAUUCCUGUCAACGAAGCGUUCCUUCUCGAUCUGGAGAAAAUGCUAGCGCCCAAUGGCGCAACGACUGUUGGAGGCAUUGGCGACGUUGCUUUACGGCAUUUUAAAGAAUUGCAAGGGUUCGAACAAUACAAGCAGUACUACGUGAAGAGAGAAGAAGCCCAACGGAUAUUUGAACGCGAAGUGUCGAAACGAUCUUCUCGUUUCGCGUCAUACAUCGAUCAUAUCAAAUACCAAUCGACCGACUCCAAGAACCGCAUCGGUCUCCGCGAACUCCUCAUGGAACCCGUUCAACGAAUUCCCAGAUACACUCUUCUGUUUCGCACUAUCCUUAAGCACAUGGCGCCCGACGACCCGCAACGUCCCAAACUUGUUGAGGCAGAUGAAAUCGCAAGCAAGAUUGCCCAAGCGGAGACCGACGAGCAAACCAAACGUGCCGCCAUCUUCUACUGCCUAAGCACCACCAUCGACGGCUUCCCACCGGAUCUCUUUUCCAAUUCUCGGAAAUUCAUCGACUGCAUCGAUGUCGAAGAUGUCAUCGGUGAUGCUCCAAUGUCUUCAGCCGCGUCAUCGACAAGUGGAAUCUCGACAAGUUUACAUUGUACUUUGUUCCUAUUCGACGACAAGCUUUUGAUUGUGAAACGCCCGAAUGGAGACAAGGGAGGGCGAGCACUUUCCGGUCUUGAUGCCCUUGACAAAGUAACUAAAUCUGGUGGAUUGCCGAUGGCCAAGAAGAAGAGUGGAAUGUCAUGCAAAGGCGUUGUUGACGUGAUAGAUGUGGUGGCUUCUGAUCCUGGCGGUCCAGAUAUCCAUCUUUACCUCGAAAACCCUCCUCAGGACCAAAGUGAACGAUGGGCCGGCCGCCCUUUCCGGUCGCUAGCAGUUGUGCUGCCUCCUUCACCUUUGAAUCUCGAUCCCAUGCAGACCGAAUCGGCGAAACGAAGGUUUCUUGAGAACCUGUGGCAAGUUCAGGCCAUGUAUCGCGCCAAGCAAGGUCAAUCUGUCAUUCUCUGCUCAGACGAACAAGAGGUGGAGAGUCGAACGUCUCGCCUGACCUAUGCUAGGACAUAUUUUAAUGUCUACACAAGGACUGCCUUUCUUCAGGAGCCAAAGAAGACCAAGGUCGUUGUCCAUGUGGACCCAUUGGGCUCUGCGGAUCCUAUACCCCUGGGGAUGGAAGGACCACCUUUCCUUCGCAUACGGGUUCAACCAAUAGCUGGAGGACUCUGCCGGUUCGCUGUCAACUCGAGUGAUCCAGCGGAUGAGGGUGAAGAGGACAUAGUUCAAUCUGAGCGAGUUCCGUCGCGGAUCAUUACGACGAUCCACCAAUUCGGGCUAUUCUCAUUCAGGACAGGAAGGAACGCGUCCGUUCCUGGAACCCCAACAGCGCGCUCCAAAGCAUCCAUCUUUGGUCUGGAUGCAAUUUCGCGGGGCUUAUUCCAUGGUCGCCCUGCUUCAGCGAUGGGUGAUUUUUUUGGUGGUUCCAUCAACGGUCAUCGACGCAGCAAGUCUUCUACUGCGAGCCGUUCCUCGAUGUAUACAAGUACCACUGGCACUGAUAGCUUCCUGAGGUCCCAUCGUUCCAAUUCAACUGCUGCAACGAGCCUCGACGACGAAUCCUCAUUCUUUUCUUCGCGCUCAUCGAAAGGGAAAUCAAAAAGAGGGCUCGGAGGGUCGACAUCAGAUUCGGACGGGGGUUCCCUUGGGAAGAGUUUCCUUGGCAGGAGUCUGCGGUCACGGUCUCUAUCCAGGUCCCAGUCCCAGGACCGAGGCAGCGAUUACAGUGAUCUAGAAGACGACGAUGGAACAAUUAUGGCGAAGCCAACCGACUCGUCGGAUUACAACCUCGCGUUACAACUGGAGCUUGCGAGACAGAAUAGUCUGAAUCAACACGGAAAGCCUUUGCCUCCCAUUGACCUGGAUAUUCCUAUCGAAGAUACCAUCUAUGAAGGUACUUCUACACCAAUCGAUUCCCAGACCUUGAACUUACCCCUAUUUGCAGAAGAGCCUCCCCAGUCCGUGAGGCCCGCUUCCCGAGCGUCGGGCGACACGAGGAGAUCCACCACGCCCCGUCCCGCUUCUCCGACCAAGCGAUCCGACUCUCCUGCCUUGAGCGACCGUGAUGGAUCACGCCCAGUGUCCCGACUUUCUGAUCGAAGACCAUUUGGCCCGCGUUCGGUUUCACCAAUGCCAUCAUCGAUGAAAAGCCCCUCUGCCGCAUCCCCUGCGGAAUUGCCAGGAGCCGAUAAAGGUUAUGUUUCAGAAUCCGAUGACGAAGUGUUCAAGAUGGACAUCACCAAAACGCCUUUCCAGCGACCUUCGGGAAUUCCUCGCAGUCGGCGACAGCCUCUACAACCAUCCACCGAGAACAUCGACGCGACUCCCAAGCCCCUUUCUAAUCCCAGCUCACUCGUUACAUCCUCCGUCGAACCUCUAUCCAUCAAGAAAAAGACGUCUGUCCGCGGCACAUCGUCUUCACUCCCCCUCUCACCAACACCUGCGAGGAAGAUCUAUGCGAAGGGCUCGCCACUAAAUAGACCUGUACGAACCUCGUCUCCUCGCAAAGUUUCGCCUUCAUUACAAGUAAAGCGGUCGAGAGCUCCAGGCUCUCAUCUCCCAAUCAAAUGCGAGCUUGUCGAGGACCUUGUCCGUGUCGCUGUGGGAACGAAAAACGACAUUGAGUUCUCGCAUCGCGCGGUUAAGCGUAUGAAGGUUGAGCUCGACAAGUUUAAUGCCAAUGGAUCGCCAUCAGAAGACCCAUUUUCUCGACCCGCCUCCCCCGAUAAAUCACUCAGGAUGCCCGUACGAUCGCAGCCGUUGACGAGAGAGGCCCAACAACGAAUGGAGGAGAUGCAGAAACUGCUCAGUCAUCGGCAAGGAGAUGGCACUCCUCGCACCAGUCGGCUCAGGACGGGGAUCUUUGAACAGGCUUCUACCUCUGCGCCGCCUUCGAAUAAUCAAACGGAGCAAAUGACACAGUUCGCGAAGACGAUGAGCUCGCUGACGAGCGACGCAGAUCAGGGUUUAACGAGAGCUCUAUCUAAUCAAGAAAGCCUCGAGAGGGACCUUAACAACCUAGCCAAUCAGUUCAAAGAGAAACUCCUUGAACUGGAACGGGCGCGGCUCGAGCUGCAAAACGCGAAACGGCAGACCGAAUUGGUCAAGUCUCUCCUCGCUGACGCUACCGCUGAGAAGGAGAUCAUGUACGAGGCUUUCAACGAAGAGCUGGACGGCAUGUACAACGACAUCAACCUCCCUGACGAUGAAGCUUUCGUGGCUUUAACGAAGGAUUUGCAGACGACCAAGGAGUCGCGGAAUGAGCUAUCUCAGGAAAAUUCGCAAUUGAAGCGUCGGCUGGCCGAAGCAGAAUUGCAACGCGACGAAUGGGCUCAACUCCUCCGUCACCAUGGCUUAAUCCCCUAA